AGUGUCUCUCCUUACGGAUCUCCAGUACUAUUCGUACCUAAGAAGAAGGAGGGCACUCUCAGGAUGUGCAUUGAUUAUAGGGGUCUCAAUGCCAUCACUGUAAAGAACAGAGAGCCCCUACCGCGCAUCGACGAUCUGUUAGAUAGAGUGCAAGGGUGUCGGUACUUCAGUAAGAUAGAUCUGAAGUCCGGGUACCAUCAGAUUGCAAUCCGGCCCGAGGAUCAACACAAAACCGCAUUUCAGACCAGGUAUGACCUGUACGAUUUUGUGGUGAUGCCUUUUGGCCUGUGCAAUGCUCCUGGCACCUUUCAACACGCUAUGAAUCGAAUAUUCCAUGACUACUUGGAUAAGUUUGUCAUCGUGUACCUCGAUGACAUACUUAUUUUUAGUAAGACUGUCGAGGAGCACGUUGCACACUUGGACAAAGUCCUUAGUCUCCUGCGACAACACAAGUUCAAGAUCAACGGUGAGAAGUGCGAGUUUGGGCGCACCCGUGUCUUGUACUUGGGUCAUGAGAUCUCCGCGGAAGGGUUGAAGCCCGAUGACGCGAAGGUGGCCAACAUUCGCGAUUGGCCACGACCUCAGUCAGUGACUGAGAUGAGAUCUUUCUUAGGAAUGACAAGCUACUACCGGAUUUUUGUAAAGAACUAUAGCGUAGUGGCCGCUCCUUUGACUGAUCUGACCCGCCUUGAUACCCCGUGGGAGCGGACAGAGGAGUGCGAGGCUGCUUUCAGACAUCUGAAGCAUGCACUAACGCAUUAUGAAGUCUUGAAACUUCCCGAUCCUGAUAAGCCGUUUAUAGUAACUACGGAUGCUAGCCAAUAUGGCAUUGGCGCCGUGCUUGCGCAGCAGGAGGGGCCAAAGUUGAGGCCUGUUGAGUACAUGUCCGAGAAAAUGCCGUCUCAGAAGUUGGCUAAGUCCACCUAUGAGAAAGAACUCUAUGCGGUGUUCAAGGCGCUGACCCAUUGGAGACACUAUCUCCUUGGGAGGUUCUUCAUCCUCAGGACUGAUCAUCAGACCUUGAGAUGGAUGAGAACCCAACCUGUACUCUUUGACGCAUUGAAGCGUUGGAUAGAAGUCAUUGAGCAGUAUGACUUUGACCCUCAGUACAUUAAGGGUGAGUACAACAAGGUUGCUGAUGCCUUGUCGCGUAGACCUGACUUCUCAGGUGCGCUGAUUACUGAGUACGAUCUUACGGAUGAUGUCACUCGAUUCUUGGUGGAAGCCUAUCGAGAGGACCAGUUUAUGGCUGAGAUCAUACGCAGACUCGAGGCGAAGGAUAAACAAACUUCAGCCGAGUUUGAGUUGGUCAAUGGCUUGCUGUUUCUCGAGAAGGAAGGGAAUAAACGUUUGUGUGUCCCUGAUAAAGAGUCUUUGCGUAGUUUGUUUUUAGGCGAGUGUCACGACGCCACUGGCCAUUUUGGGUACAAGAAGACCGCAGCCAAUUUGCUGCAAAGGUUCUGGUGGCCCACGGUGUUAAAAGAUGCUAAGCUGUACGUGGAAACUUGUCAAACACUGGAUACGGUGACUGUAACAAGCAGAGCAAGUGCGAUGCCGAGGAAGACAUCUACAAAUUUGGCGCCGAGUCAGCAACAGCAUCCAUGCAGCAGCACAAAGGCACCUAGGAAAUCGCAGCCGCAAGGUGGCCGUUACAUUUGCGAGUCCCAUAGGUCGAAACUUACCGCCGUCAGUUCGAGAGUAAGCCCUCAUGCCAGAAGUGACUCUGUCAGGAAUGACCUAAGCAAGGGCAGCACUGAUCCACCAGUGAUUUCCAUCGAUGAUGACAGCUUGAAGAGACCGGUACUCGUGGAGCUUGAGCGAGUUAACCGACAUGCAGACAGCAAUAACAUCCAAGCGUCCACCGUAAAGGAGGAAACUGGGGACUCGAAGACCAGCCACGCAAAAAAGACGAAGGGGAGAACAAAUUGUCAAGGGAGACCAGAUGCGGUAAGAGGAGGAAUUAGAGUAGGAGGGAAGAAGAAGAAGAAGAAGAAGAAGAAGAAGAAGAAGAAGAAGAAGAAGAAGAAGAAGAAGAAGAAGACAAUGAAGAAGAAGAAGAAGAAGAAGAAGACAAUGAAGAAGAAGAAGAAGAAGAAGAAGAAGAAGAAGAAGGAGAAGAAGAAGAAGUACAAGUAGAAGAAGAACAGAAUGAACAAGAACAAGAACA